AUGAAGCUGAGCGUUGCUUUGCUUGGGCUGUCUCUUGCAGGGGCCGGCCUUGGUGCACCCCUUUUUACCGACUCGCUACCAAUCCGCCAAGUUGCUGAUCUGGGUGCCGUUGCCAUCCAAACUCUGGCCAAAGGCUGCAGCAGCAAUGUUUUCUCUGCCCUUCCCGGUCUUCAAAAGUACUGCGACGACAAUCUCCUGACAUAUCGACACACCUUCACACACUGA